AUGGCGUCGGCUAUCGUGCCCAACACACUCUACCUGGGGCCAGAGGUAUCGGUCGCUGAGACAGUCGGAAAGCUGCGCUGCGCGGGCCACAGCGUGCUCGUGAUCCGCUGCAUGGAGUCCGCACCCGACAGACCGGACUACAUAACUGCAUUGGCCACUGAUCAGCUUGACUGCGCAACUUCCAAGACGGAGCUUCUGCAUCUGGUGCUGCGAGACGAGGACGAGCAGGCGCUGCAGGAUGCAAUCGAUACUGCGACUGCAGCGGUGGCAAAGUGGCUGUGUCUCCCGCAGGACGUAGGAGGAGAAGAGGCCACUGACGACACUGCACAUGCUGGUGACUGCAAACCUGCCUUUGCAAAGCUGGAGCGCCCUUGCCACGCCGUGGUGGUGCAUUGCGCUGCCGGCGUGAGCCGUAGUGCAGCCAUAGUAACAGCACUUGUGAUGACCUUCGGUGCCAGACUUUGUGGCCCCACAGUCCUGGAUCCAGAGCUCAGCGGCACACAGCCGUGGAUUGAUGGCGGUGCUGUCGGCCUGGAGCGUGCGUUAAGCUUCGUCGCGAGUAGAAGACCAGUCAUCUCCCCAAAUGAAGGCUUCCUCGAACAGCUGAUGGCAUACGAGGGGCAGCUGCGCGCUGGUGGCGGCGACGACGGCUUGCAGCCGAGCUUUGAUCCGAUCCUGCACAAGGUACGCACAGUCGCAGCUGUGUGUGCAGUGACUCCUGAGCUGGCUCGCCGUGCUCUCGACAAUGCAGGGAUGGAUAUCAACAGGGCAGCAGAGUUUAUCUUCACCGGUGUGGUGAGGUAA